AUGCCUGCCGUCCCGUUCAAGGUCAAAGCGGUGUUCGAGUACAAAUCGGAGGAGCCGGAUGAUCUGAACUUCGAAAAUGGCCAGAUAAUUACGGUCACAGAAGAGGAGGAUGCAGAGUGGUAUACCGGUGAAUACGUAAACACAUCUGGAGACAAGCAGGCUGGCAUGUUUCCCAAGAACUUCGUCGAGAAGUACGAACCGGCCAUCCCAACCCGCCCAGUUCGAGCUCCGAAGCGUGUACCAACACAAGAGGCCCCGGAGCCUCUCCCAGAGUCUCCAGCACCGCAGGCUGCCCCUCCUUCUCUCGAAAGCUCGCAGACCUUGCCAGCGGAGCCCCCUAAGCAGACCCCGGAAGAGGCGGGACCUGUGAAGCAGGAACAAGUUGAACAGCCACCGGCACCUGAAUCAGUGGCAGCACCUAGUCCUGCUCCAACACCGAGAUCUCCUCCAGUAUCUGCUUCCACAAAGCCUCCACCACCAGUUGCCGACAAGCCAAGUACGAGUUCCUUUAGAGACAGAAUUGCUGCCUUCAACAAGCCUGCUGCUGCUCCGAUUGCUCCUUUCAAACCCGGUGGCAGUGCAGGCACUGGCUUCAUAAAGAAGCCAUUUGUUGCACCCCCUCCGAGUCGGAAUGCCUACGUACCGCCACCGACUCGUGAACAGCCUGUUCAGAAGCCCUACCGACGCGAAGAAGACUCAAGCGUGCAUGAACCAGAGAACAGGGACAUUACAGAGACUACCGCGCCGCAAGAGGAAGUUGAAGCCCAAGAGGACCAACCCAAACCGCAGAGCCUGAAAGAUAGAAUAGCCCUGCUUCAGAAGCAGCAGCUGGAGCAAGCCGCUAGGAAUGCCGAGAAGAAAGACAAACCCAAAAAGCCACCAAAAAAGCAGAUUGAAACCUCGGAAUCUGCCGAACAGGAUCCCCCACCAGCUGCUGAACCACCCUCAAUAGAGACGGAGACGGCCGAAUCAGUAGGCCGGCCAUCUUUCGAUGAACCCGAGGAGGUAGAGGACAUCCCGGCACCCUCACGACGAGUAACAGGCAUUGCGAGCGUCACGCCCCAGCCACAACCUUCCCGUGAAUUGGUGAGCGACACCAAUGAUGCUGACGAUUCUGGCGCUGGUGACGACGAAGAAGCUCAGGAGACGUCCACUGAGGAAGACCGACCAAAGUCCAAAGGCGUAGAUCAACCAACUGCACAUGUCAUCCAACAGCAGCCGGUUGCUAACGAGGAAGCCAAGGGUGAAGAUGACGACGAGGAUGAAGAAGAGGAAGAGGAAGAAGAAGAUCCAGAUGUCCGCCGGAGAAGGGAGCUCCGAGAAAGAAUGGCCAAGAUGAGUGGAGGCAUGGGUAUGAUGGGUAUGUUCGGACCACCAGGAGGCGUGGGUUCACCUGGAGCGACAAGAAAACCGAAAUCUGCAGAACCCUCCAGACAACAGACGCUGAGCUCCGAGACGCACGACCAGGAAGAGCCUCAAGAACGAGCAGCCCCCGUCCGUAUCAUGGCUUUGCCAGGAAUGUCUAACCCGGUACCAAAGCGACAGGAGGAGCCAACCCUAGAAGAAGAUGGUGGUGCAGACAUUACUCGAGCUACACCCCAAGAGCCGUCCAUAUACGGAGAGAACGAGGAUUACGUUUCACAACCGCCGCCGAGGCGAUCCACAGACCGCCCUGCUCCUCCAGUCCCGCAAGAACGAGCACCUCCUCCGGCUCCUCCGCGCGAGACUCGUGGUGCACCACCGCCGCCUCUUCCCACAGCUACUAGACCUGUCCCUCCGGCGCCUCAAUCUCCAACUUCUCGGCCUGUACCACCCCUUCCACCCACCACUCUUGCGCCCAGUGAGGCUCUGGCGGACGACGAAGAAGAAGAAGAGGAGGAGGAGGAGGAGGAUGAUGAUGAUGAGGGCAAUUUCAUCGAAGAAAAUGUGCCUGAGAGGUUGCCACCCAGCGCACCAACUCCAGCGAGCCCUGCUGGCAUCCCGCCACCGCCGCCGGCGAGAGGACCCGUGUCUCCUAAGCUAGAUACUUCUGAGUUCACGUUCAUGACCUCUCCUAGCGAUAAACGAGCAAGUCGUCCCCCGCCUCCGGUUCCUCAGACGCCCACCGCCGCGACUCCCUCAGCAAGAGCACCACCACCGCCACCGCCAGGGUAUCCGCCAAGUCGACGUUCAACAAGCGACUCAAGGAGCCUCGGUGUGCCUCAGUCUCCACCUGCUGACGACGAGGAGGGCGAGGUCACCGAAUACGACGCAGACUACGAUACAGAUAUUGCUUUGGGCGCGAAACACAAGGACGCUCUCAAGAACCACAACCGUGAUUCAAGUUUAGACGAGGGCAUGCUCACUGAUGAUGCUGCGAGGCCACCGAAGAGUCCGCCAGUUCGGACUGCACCUCCACUACCUCCAGUCGCCGCGCCACGCGAGGUCCCGCCACCACCUCCUCCAGCCCAGCCGGCUCCUAGAUCAAGGAGAUCGGUGGAUGCUCCUCGUGCUCCACCACCAGUGCCUCCACCUCAAGCGACGGACCAUGAUGAUGAAUAUGAUCCUUUCCGUUACUCUGCACCACAACAUAGUGCACCACAACAUCCGAGUAGAGGCCAGUACACAACGACACUACAAUCUCCCAAAGAGGAAUUCGAGGAGGAGGACCUGUACAGAGCAACUACAGCUCAUGCUCCCAUUCCACCUCCUUCUGCUGACAGAAAUGCGCCACCUCCCCCGCCACCGGACAGGAACGAGUACGGCCCUCCUCCCAUGAAUUUUGCGCCUGCGCCGACGAUGUCUCCACGCGGCUCUCUUGAUAGCAAGAGAAUGGGCACUGUCUCCCGCCGCUCGAUGGAUCAGUCGCGCGGAAGUGCUGAGCAAGGAUUCAUCGCCUCGGAUAUAGACCUAGGACACGGUACUAUGUGGUGGACGCAAGACAAAGCACCGCCUCCUGCAUUGCAAGGGAGGCCCGACGUCUUGUACGAGAUGGAGACCUCGUCCUCAUCGAAACGAGGUGGCAGAACCACGAUCUCGAAGGAUGUCUACGUGCUAUACAUGGACUAUUCUCAAACAACCAUCAACGCCAGUUUUGACGCGGCUGACCCCUCUCAUGUAACACUCGAGCAGAACCAUGAGCGGCCACCGCAACCCGCUCGCCGUGAUCAACUUGAGAGCGCCUCGGGGCAGUAUGGCGCAAGUAUAGCGAGAUCAGCGAAUGGCUUGGCCGGUACGACUGUGGGUGACGGCUCUGCACAAGCACUGGUCCUUGAAUUGCUGAAGCCACAUACAACAGCACUCCUGCCGAUUGGCACGCGAGCUUAUGGUGCUCUCAUCUAUGCCAACCUCGGGAACGCGUCAACACAGCAGUACGACGAGAUCCGGCCUGGCGACAUUGUCAGCUUCCGCAAUGCGAGAUUCGCGGGCCACAAAGGCGGCCUACAUUCCAAAUACAGUAUGGACGUGGGCAAGCCAGAGCACGUGGCUGUUGUGACUGAGUGGGAUGGCACCAAGAAGAAAAUUCGUGCUCUGGAACAAGGCCGGGACCUUGAGAGAGGUAAGAAACCAAAGGUUAGAGAGGAGAGUUUUAAAGUCGGUGAUCUGAAAAGUGGCGAGGUCAUGGUCUGGAGAGUGAUGCCUAGAACGUGGGUUGGUUGGGAUACCAGCAAAGCAUAG